AUGUCCUCAUUUUCACGCCUCGUCCGUUUCGUCGCCCGCGAUGGCCAGACGUACUAUGGCGAUGCCAUCCUCCCAGCCGGCACAACUGAUAUCUCCAAGGCUCGCCAAGCUCGCAUAAUCCAGGGCGAUAUUUUCCGCACACACCGUGUUACUGAUGAAGUCACUGAUAUCCGCCUGCUGCUCUCACCCCUUGCUCUUUCAGAGACGGGCACUCUGCGCUGCCUGGGUCUGAACUACUCGUUGCACGCGAAGGAAUCCAACAUGCCGGAGCCAAAGUACCCAGUUCUCUUCUACAAGCCUCGCACGUCCUCCGCAGGUCCCAGCGACCCUAUCCCCGUGAGCGCCAUGGCACAGCAGUAUGAGGGGCUGGACUACGAGUGUGAGCUGGUGGUUGUCAUUGGUAAGAGAGGCCGCGACAUUUCCGAAUCGGACGCUUUGAACUAUGUCCUCGGCUACGCCGUUGGCAACGACGUGUCGCACCGCGACUGGCAGAUCAAACUUGGGGGCGGGCAAUGGUCGCAUGGCAAAGGCUUCGAUGGCUGGGCCCCCUAUGGUCCAGGCAUCGUGAGCCCAAGUGUGAUCCCCGACCCACAGAAGCUCAGGAUUUGGACAAAGGUCAACGGGGAAAUGAGGCAGGAUGAGUCUACAGCUGACAUGAUUUUCGACGUCGGAAAGGCUAUUGCCCUCUUGAGUCAGGGUGUGACGCUGAUGCCGGGAGAUUUGAUCUUCACUGGAACACCAUCCGGCGUAGGCAUGGGCCAGAAGCCAAAACCUAUUUGGCUGAUGGACGGGGAUGUCGUUGAAGUCGGGCUGGAGAACGUUGGGACAUGGUGA